AUGGAGAUUGCGGUGAUUUCUCGGAGGAAAUGUCGAGCAUCACUGCCACCUCCUACGGACAAAUCGCACGACCAGGACCAGCAGACACCGACCGAACCGACACGAAGAAGCUCUCCACCAUUUCUCUCGCUCUCUCCUUCACUCGCCCGCCGCUGCGACUGUUACAUCAUACAACGAACAGCGAUCCCGCAUCGGGAAAGAGCGAAAAGCGCAGAGCGAAAGCGAUGGGGCGCAGAAUCGGAGAGCCGUCGCGGGACGGGCGCGACGGGGGCGUCGCUCGGCGAAUCGCUGCUGCUCGCUGCCGUGUGCAUCGUCGGCCUCCCCGUCGACGUCCACGUCACGAACGGCGCUGUCUAUUCCGGAAUCUUCCACACUGUCUCCGUCGAAGGUGUCAUUGUGAAGAAAGCAAGAAUGACUAAGAAGGGGAGAAGCAAUUCAAAUGUGGCAAGUGGAUGCAUGGUAGAAACGCUUGUGAUUCUCGCUGAAGAUCUUGUUCAGGUCAUUGCCAAGGGAGUAGAGCUUCCAGCUUAUGGCAUUACUGGAACUAUAGCUGGGGAUGAAUCAGAAUUGGCGAUUGGAACUGCUUCAAACGAUGUUGCAAGAGUGGAUAAUAGGUCCGGUUCUAUUGACACAAGCAAGAGGAGACCCCAUCAAAGAAAGACUUCAGUUACAUCUGAAAACGGAUUGACUGAUGGAGAUACGUGUGGAACCUUCAAAGUCAAUUCACAGGGACAGGCAGAAAAUAAGAAUGAGGGAAAAGGGAUGUCAAUCAGAGCAGUCGAAAAUGUCUCUGAAGGAGGAAUUGAGAAAAGGGGCAGGAAAAUCCAUAUUAUGGGAGGAGGAGCUUUUGAUGCCUCGGCAAAUGGAAGACAGGUUGAUGAAAAUCCACAAGUCAAACAGGAUGAUCUUAACAGGGAGUCUGAGAAUCAAGAGGAUGAUAAAGCUUCAGCAAUGCAAGGUUCAAGUCCAAGCUCGGAUGCUUGCCUUUCCCUAGUAAAACCUGUUGAUGGAACACAUUCAGAGGUGCUGCCGCCACCGCAACCUAAUGAAGCAUCCCAUCUUACUGCUUCUGCACCUGUGAAAUCAAAUAACGGAACCUAUUGUAGGCCGGUUUUAUCAGAAUGCUGCUUCUUCUUGCUGCGGAUUGGCUUCCACUCUAUCCGUAAUUGGUUCAUUUGCAAGGUCAGAAGCAUACAAAGGGCAAAGGAAUCUAAACUUAACCCUGGAGCAAAAAUCUUUUCUCCUGCUCUCACAAAAUCUGUACCAGCAACUCCACCCUUGGUACGACCAGUCACAGGAAUGUCCUAUGUGCCAAGCGCCUCACCUCUGUUGCCUGUUGGAGCAGCUCAAGCAGAGGUGGGUACCAGCAGUUAUGUACCCCAGCCAUCUGUGCCUGUUAAGGCUGUACAGUACAAUAAUUUCACUGCUGGAAAUGGCGACAUGAGUGCUAUUUCGCAGGCUUUUGUUGGAAAUAUGGAAGCAGGGCACAGCUACUUAGGUAUAGUGGUCAGCAUCAUGCUUUUCCACUGGGUUCUACUUUUGUUCACCCCUAAUGCUCAAGCUGUCAUGGUUGGACGAAUGGGUCAGCUUGUCUAUAUGCCUGUAUCCCAGGAUCUAGUUCAAAGUGGAACUGCCAUCCCUCCAGCUUUUCCACGCCCUUUGCCCACCUUAAGUCAAGUGCAGUUUCCAAAGCACCAAGGAACUCUUCCUGGUCAACCGUUUGUGCAUCAACCUACGGGUUGGUGGGCAGCAACUAUAUGCUGCUGCAAGCCCUCCGCCACUUUUGCAGUCUCCCUUCCCCGCUAAUCAGUCCAUUUCAGUUUCAGUCCCUGGAGCUAACGGGCUCUUUAACGCCAAGUUUUUGUGAAUGUAGUCCUAUUUCCUUGAGAUCAGCGUCAACAAAGAAAUUUUCUCCAUUUUUCCCUCACUAUGGAAGAGUUCCCUACCCUCCACCCCCUCCCCCCCCCCUUUUUGGUCGAAACUAUGGAAGAGUUUGAUUGUUCAUUUUCCUCUCCUUUAAUUUUUUUUUUUUGCCGGACUGCAUCAUAUGGGUUUUUCUUUCUAUAUGUUUGAAAGUGAGUGCACUGUUGGGGAAAUCGUUGUAAGACCUGGUCAAGGGAUUAUUUUUUUAUUAUUAAAGGUUCUUCAGUUCGAUUGUGAGGUGGAA